UCAAAAUUAACACUCGAAACGUAAGUUAUGAUACUUUACCAAAAUUACGAAGUUAUUAUCAGUGUUUACAUAUUUUUGAUCGUUAAAAUUAUUUGCAAAAUCGUUGACAAGUAUCGCGUUUCAAUGUUUAACAAACAGCCGACCCUCACGAGCAUACCGGAACAGAUAGAGAAAAAUGAGGAAAUACUGAAAUGGGUGCCGAAAAAGAAACACGAAGUACUAAAAGCAAAGUACAAAUGUCUUAAAAAGCUCUUCCAGAUAUAUGAUGCCAGUGUCAUAGGGAUAUUACCCCAGAACUACAUAGAUCAACAACCAGAUAAUGAAAGGACUCAUCGAAGAAAAAGAUCACAUAGAACUAAAACCGAUGCAUGCGCUGGAACUACUGAAAUAUCUAGCGGCGACAUAUUAGAAAAUCAAGCAGAAACAGUUAUAAACGAAUUAAAAUUAAGUCGUAACUCCUCAUCUCAAAUUAUUAAAUCGAAUACUACACUAUCAAACGCGAGAGAUGAUAAGAGCACGCAGGAUUCCAACGAUAGUUCGGUUGGCGAUGCCAGUGACAUCCAUUACCCUCAGAAUUUGAUUAAUCGGAAGAAACCAACCCGUUUCCAGAUUUUCCUACAGAGGAUUUUGGGUAUACGAGCGAAAAAUUACCCGUACGGCGGCAGUGAUAAUAACAUAACCCGUUUCGAGCGCCGAAGACGCAACAGAUUGCAAUUCAGGAGAUUUCGACGUCCGAGGAAAACUAAUUCGGAUGUCGCAUUAAGGGAUUCGAAGGGCCCGAUAAUUUUAUCGUACGUGCAAUCUAUUCAGAGAAGUUACUUGACGGACACGACGCCACGGCAUUGUCCGAUGGUUGGAUGCAAAAUGAUAUCUUAUGGUAUAAUAAAUUACAACGAUCAUCUAAAUCUCUGUCACUUUCCGGAUCGAAAGUACAUCUGUCAUUAUUGUCACGAAGGCUUUACCAAAGAGAAUGACAAAGUCCUACAUGAGAAUGAACACAUUGGCAUAACAAAAGUGAAUGCCCAAGUAACUUCAGCGCCUUCUACUGCAAGAUAUACGACUAAAAUUGCUAGCAACACCCAAACCGAACCAGAAGCACCAAAAAGCGAUGUACCCGAAGACAAAUUAAAAAAAAUAGUUUCCUUCUUUGACAAAAUUAGUGAUCCUGACCAGGUGCUAGCGGAAAUGAAGAAUCGUUCUUCGGGACAACAUUUCCAGACCUUCCAUCCUUAUACUAAGACUACUGACAAUGAAUCGGAGACGACCAAGUCUGACUUGAGUUCGAACCAGAAAACGAAUACAGAGAAAAGAGGUUACAGUUGUAGCCACUUCCAACAUAAAGAAAGUAAAACCUCUUUGGACUCGGACUCAACUACAAAAUACCUCCCAGUUAGAUGUCAGCUGUGUGGAGAAAUAUUUGAGCAUAGACGUCAACUUAAUCUACACGUGGAUCUGGAACAUAGGAUAAACGACAAAUUCUCCAAAUUCCACAGCUGUGCUGGCAUUCUUAAUCACAAUCGUAGGACAGAUAAUAUAUUACACAACGUCAAAAGCUUGGCAACGUCCACAGAUAAUGUAGAAAGUACACACAAAUCAGAUGACAAUUUAAGUUAUGAUCCUUCAACGAAUAUUGUUUAUUUUACAUCUACGGAAUCUGUUGAUAAGAACUCCGUUAAAAGGAAUAUCGUUCAAAACGUGCAAAAUGAUUUUUGCUAUAAAUGGGAGCCGUGUACGAGCGUUGUAAGAAUCUAAUGUUUUGUUUUUUGUUAGGGUUAUAGUGAUGUUUUUAAUAAAUAAAGUUAAAAUUCC